UUCUUUAGUGGAAACGAGUUUCGUGUUAACCAGAAAUUAAACGCAAAAGACUUUGACUUCAGUCGUUUCUUUGGCCAAGUUUCAGGAACCAACGUAAAUGGAGGUUCAGCUAGCGUAAUAUAAACUCUGCUUCAGGUUGAGAAUAGCAACACAUUGCAAACAUGGCGUUCACCUCUUUCACUUUUGCAGUAAUGGUCAUUUGGGCUACCCUUCUGACACGUCAUGUUCCUUUUAGUAUUUGUGAAUUAUCAUCCAUACAACUAGAAAAGGAAGCUCUGCUUAACUCCAGUUGGUGGAGUAACAGCAACAUGACCAACAAUUCUUCAGAUCAUUGUGACUGGGUUGGUAUCAGUUGCAGUUCAUCAGGAAGCAUCACGGAGAUUUUUUUGCGCAGAUACGAAAUACAAGGAGAGCUUGGCCAAUUAAACUUCUCAUGCUUACCAUACCUGGAAUAUCUCAACCUUGGUAGAAAUAAUCUCUCUGGAAGAAUCCCUUCGGAAAUCGGUGCUCUUUCAAAGCUCAAAAGGCUUUACUUGGACCAGAAUAAUCUUACAGGUGAGUUAAUACUGUGUGAUUCUGCUUGUUGUCCCUUCAAACGAGAAGUAGAAAGAGCGGAAAUUUACCCCCUUUUUGUUUUAACCAAAAUUGUUACAGGUGUACUCCCCUCGAAAAUUUGGAGUUUGAGGAAUCUAAGAGUCUUGUACCUCAGUAAUAACAAUUUCACAGGACAAGUUUCUUCAUUACUUGGUAAAUUAAGCACGUUGACCCGCUUGUCCUUCUCUGAUAACAAUUUUUAUGGUCCAAUUCCACCAGCUCUAGAAAAUUUAACCAACAUCCUCUCUCUGGAUCUAUCUUAUAACCAUUUUCAUGGUCCCAUCCCUUCUUUUAUAAGUAAUUUAACACACAUGAGACGUUUGGUCAUCUCUAAUAAUCACCUUGGCGGUACAAUCCCUCAAGAAAUCGGGAGGAUGAAUCUGGAAAGGCUAAAUUUGCAGGGUAAUAACUUCAUUGGGACUAUUCCCUUAACAUUUGGUAAUUUAACAUCUUUGGCAACCCUUUUUCUUAAUUCUAACAAUCUCCAUGGCUCGAUUCCCUAUAAGAUUGUUGGCUUAGCCAAACUUCGAAGUUUAGACCUCUCUGAUAACAUACUUAGCGGUUCUAUACCACUUGAAAUUAAGAGUUGUAAAGAGUUGAGAAACUUAAAUCUAAGCUAUAACAUUUUGAUUGGGAAAAUUCCAGAACAAAUCGGAAGUCUAUAUUUAUCUAAAUUAGAUCUUUCCAAUAAUAAACUUUCCGGUAAAAUCCCUGAUUUUCCCCUUCCACCAAAGUUCUUGAAUUUGUCAUACAACAAUUUGAGCGGAGAAAUCCCUCUUCGGUGGCAAUAUCUUCAUAUACCACAACAAUUUAUAGGCAACAAAGGUUUAUGUGGUCAAAUAGAUGGUUUUACUCCUUGCUAUACUCCUCCGACACCUCCUCCUCCUAUACUACCACCCAAAAAGAAUAUUGUCAUUUGUUUGAUAGCAACUUUUCUACCUAUCACCAUUGGUCUCACUGCCAUAAUUUUAGCAUUGAUUUUUGUAAGAAGUAUGGAAAAAAAGGUUCCACUGUCCUCAAAAGUAUGCAAAAGCGGCGAUAUAUUCUCAAUAUGCAACUAUGAUGGUAAGAUAGCAUUUGAAGACAUAAUUAAAGCAACAGAGGAUUUUCAUAUCAAAUAUUGCAUUGGAACAGGAGGUUAUGGCAGCGUUUACAAAGCACAACUACCCAAAGGUAAUAUAGUUGCUUUGAAGAAGCUUCAUAGUGCAGAAAUUGAGGAGUCACCUUACCUCAACAGUUUCGAAAAUGAGGCUCAUGUAUUAUCUAAAAUACGACAUCGAAAUAUUAUCAAACUUUAUGGAUUUUGUUUGCAUAAGAAAUGCAUGUUUUUAAUAUACGAGUACAUGGAGAGGGGAAGCUUGUUUUGUAUUCUACGGAAUCAUGAUGAAGCUCUUGAGUUGGAGUGGACUACAAGGGUGAACAUUGUAAAAGAUGUGGCACAUGCUUUGUCUUACUUACAUCAUGACUGCGAACCAUCAAUUGUUCACCGUGACAUAUCAAGCAAUAACAUUCUACUGAACUCCAAAUUUGAUGCAUUUGUUGGUGAUUUCGGCCUUGCUAGACUUCUUAUUCCUGACUCAUCCAAUAGAACCAUGGUAGCAGGCACUUAUGGAUAUAUAGCUCCAGAGCUUGCAUACACUAUGGUUGUGACCGAGAAAUGCGAUGUUUAUAGUUUUGGAGUUAUUGCACUUGAAGUAUUAAUGGGAAGGCAUCCAGAAGAAAUUCUCUCUUUCUCAUCAUCAUCCGACCAAAAUUUAAUGUUGGUUGAUGUACUAGACUCACGCCUCUUGCCUCCAGUUAAUCGAAAAGUUAUACAGGAAAUUAUUCUUGUUUCAAUCAUAGCAUUUGCUUGUUUGCGUUCCAAGCCAAAGUCUCGCCCUACAAUGAAGCGUGUGUCUCAAGAAUUUCUUGCACAAAAAACAUCCUUUACAAAAUCUUUAAGAGAAAUUUCCAUCUCAGAACUGAGAAACCAUAAAAUGUAUUUGUAUGAUGAACAUGAUGGAUAAGAAUGGAUGUAUUUCAUUGAUGUUUUUGUUUUCUGCAACAUUUUCUAAUAUUAAACCUACUUUUUCUCCCUUUUAAGUUUAGGUACUUAAUCAGUUAAUCUAUCAUUAUAGUCAACACCAAUAAUAUUGUUGUGCUUUCUUCGUUUUUGCUCCGAAA